UCGUACUUGACUCUGGUCCGACAAGCAUGGGCUGGACCACCACCACCACCUCUGUAGAAUAUCUGAAACUCAGAGUGUAGCCUGUUGCUCGAACUGUUGAAGCAGCAUGUCGUGGCUCUUCGGCUGGGGGAAGGGCUCCGGUUCGCCGCCGGCGGAGGAGCAGACAGCGGCCGGUCCUUCUGAAGGGGCCGGGGGUGCACCGGGAGGUCCAGGGGGAGACAAGCCCGGAGACAAGUGGAGUAACUUUGACCCGACGGGGCUGGAGAGAGCUGCAAAAGCUGCAAGGGAACUUGACAAAUCACGACAUGCUAAAGAAGCGCUGGAGCUGGCUCGUAUGCAGGAGCAGACUGUACAGUUGGAGCAUACCAGUAAAGUAAAAGAAUAUGAGGCGGCUUUGGAGCAGCUGAAGGGCGAGCAGAUCCACCUCCAGGGCGAGGAGAGACGCAAAACACUGGCAGAGGAGACCAAGCAAAACCAGGCAAGGGCGCAAUAUCAAGACAAACUCGCCAGACAGAGGUAUGAUGAUCAGCUCAGGCAACAGCAAGCCCUCAAUGAGGAGAACCUUCGCAAACAAGAGGAAUCGGUUACGAAGCAGGAGGCCAUGAGGAAAGCUACCAUUGAACAUGAAAUGGAGCUGAGACACAAGAAUGACCUGCUUCGCAUUGAAGCGGAGGCCAAAGCCCGAGCCCAGGUAGAGAGGGAGAAUGCAGACCUGAUCAGGGAACAGAUCCGCCUGAAAGCUGCCGAACACAGACAAACUGUCCUUGAAUCUAUAAAGACGGCGGGAGCAGUGUUUGGGGAGGGAUUCAGGGCCUUCGUCUCUGACUGGGACAAACUCACCGCCACGGUUGCUGGGUUGACGCUGUUGGCAGCUGGAGUGUAUUCUGCCAGGAAUGCCACAGCAGUGGCCGGGCGCUACAUAGAGGCUCGUCUGGGUAAACCCUCACUGGUCCGAGAGACCUCCAGGAUAACCGUUGCAGAGGCCAUUAAACACCCAGUCAAGACAACCAGGCGUCUGAGAAGCAGACCGCAGGAUGCUUUAGAGGGCGUGGUGCUCAGUGCAAGCCUGGAGGAACGUGUGAGGGACAUUGCCAUCGCCACUCGUAACACAAGGCAGAACAGAGGCUUGUACAGGAACAUCCUGAUGUAUGGACCCCCCGGGACUGGAAAAACACUCUUUGCCAAGAAACUGGCUCUUCAUUCAGGGAUGGACUAUGCCAUCAUGACAGGUGGGGACGUGGCACCCAUGGGGCGCGAUGGAGUCACUGCCAUGCACAAGGUGUUUGACUGGGCCAACACCAGCAGGCGAGGCCUCUUGCUGUUCGUAGACGAAGCUGAUGCAUUCCUGCGUAAGCGAGCCACAGAGAAAAUCAGUGAGGACCUCAGAGCCACCCUCAAUGCAUUCCUCUACCGCACUGGGGAGCAGAGCAACAAGUUCAUGCUGGUGCUUGCUAGUAACCAGCCAGAACAGUUCGACUGGGCCAUUAAUGACCGCAUUGACGAGAUUGUACACUUUGCAUUACCCGGUCUGGACGAGAGGGAAAGAUUGGUGCGCUUGUAUUUCGACAAAUUUGUGCUGGCUCCUGCCACUACAGGGAGACAGAGAUUAAAGUUGGCUCAGUUUGAUUAUGGACAGAAGUGUUCAGACAUUGCAACCCGAGCAGAAGGCAUGUCCGGUCGUGAAAUCUCCAAACUUGGUGUGGCCUGGCAGGCUGCUGCAUACUCUUCUGAAGAUGGAGUUUUGACCGAAGUGAUGAUCGACUCGAGAGUUGAUGAUGCCAUCAAGCAGCAUGCACAGAAAAUGGACUGGCUGCUGAUGGAAGCAGGUGCGGGGGUUGGCAAGGUCGGUGUAGUCCUCCCUAAGGAGAUGGCUGCAGAAAUCACAGCCCAGGAAACUGCUUCACUUGCAGAAACUGUAGAUACAUCCCCGACUGUACAACAAGUCCUUCCACUCCUCGAGGUUGUGAACAGUGUUGCCCAGGCAGAAGCAGCUGCUUUACCUUCAGAAGUGGAGGCAGGUGCUAUCCUCGAAGAGGCAGCCACUUUGGUUAAAGAAAGUGAAACGGUUGCUGCUACAACUGUAGGAACUCCAGUCUUGAAUGAAACAGUUGAAACCGUUGUUGAGACAGCGACUGCUGUCCCAUUGGAACAAGAAGUGGAGGUCAUCAAGGACCUGACUGAGGAGGUUCAAGGCACAGCAAUAGCUACAGACACUGUUGUUAUUGAGGUUAAUGAGGCUGAGGGUAUACCAUCUUCCACCAUCCAAGACACUGCUGCUGUGAGUAAAGAAGAGCCCACUGCUGAUGUAGCUGCCCAAGAGACAGAGGUCAUCGAAGUAGCCAAGGAGGAGAUAGAUGUUGUAGCACACUCAGAAACAACAGUCUCUGCUAUUGCUCAGGAGAAGGAUUUAGAUGCUGUUGUGCAGGAGUCAGAGGCUACAGUAGCCGGACUUUCCCAGGAGACAGUUGUCCAAGAAACUGAGUCAUCUGCCACAUCUGUUGAUGGUGUAGAAACUGAAGUAGUAAUUGAUGCUGCAAAGGUUGUGGAGGAAAUUGCAAACAAUGUAGCUCAAGUGUCUGAGUCCCUGGCAAAUGUUGCAAAAGAGGCUGAGGCAAUAGCAGCAGAUGUGGCCAAGGUGGCUGAUGCCGCAGCGACCAUCACUGAGGAGAUUGAGGCAAUAGUCACCAAGGAGGCGGAAGUGAUGGAAAGUGAUGUUGCCAAGGACCCAAAUGAAGUUGUAGUGGAAACUGCGUCUGAAACAUCAGAGGCCGCUAAAGAUGUUGAACGGAUAUUGACAGAUGUGGUCAAGGAGUCUGAGAGUAUUGCUACAGAGGCUGUGAAGGAGGUUGAACCUGUGAUGACUGAGACUGCUGCCAAGGAAGCUGAAGUCCUCUCAACAGAGUCUACAAUUGUAACUGAGGCCAAGGAGACUACUGCCAGUGAGUUUGUCGCAGAGGGUCAGACUUUGGCUACAGAGAUUGCUGCCAAGGAAGCCGAAGUCGCAACUGCAGAUGUUUCCAAAGAAGCAGAGGUAGCACCUGCAGAGGUUUCCAAGGAAGCUGAAGUUCUAGCAACCAAGGAGGCUGAAACAGUGGCUACAGAAAAUGUGAAACUGCCUGAGAUUACUGAGACUACUGCUAAGGAAGAUGAGGGUAAAACAAUGAAGGCUGCAGAGGUGGCAGAGACUGUCGUACCUGAAGUUACUGAUGAAACCAAGGUUGAUGCAGAGACUGUCGUACCUGAAGUUACUGAUGAAACCAAGGUUGAUGCAGAGACUGUCGUACCUAAAGUUACUGAUGAAACCAAGGUUGAUGCAGAGACUGUCGUGUCAGAACAGUCUGAGAAACUUGAGAGUCCAACCACAGAGAAGACAGCUGCCUCUCAGACUAUCAGCCCUGAAGAAGCUGAACCCACUCACACUGAGAAGCCACUUUCAAACAAUCAGAGUGGAGAUGACAAACCUCAAGCCAAGCCUAGUCCAAAGAAAUGAUCACUUGAGAACUUUGAUGAAAUGCUAUCAUGAACGAAGAGCUGUUGUGUUUCACACUUGAGCCUCAAGUGUGAAACCUUCACCUUGAAUUCUGUCUCCUCCUCUAUCAAUGUGUUUGUAACUGAGGUACUGUAAAUGCCAGCAUUAAGGUAAUAGUUUGAUUAUGGCCUGUAGGUAUGCAAGAGUCUGAGUAAAAGCCUGUGUGGACCAC